AUUUCGACCUAAAAUUCCACCCCCUUCGUCUAUCUUCCAACCUCGUCUUCUUCUCUUGUCGUCGCCCUCGUCCUCCCCUCUACCAAGGGGGGCGCAUGAGCUAGUGUGGACUGGAGAUCCAUCCAUCUGCUGGACCUGGAUUGACUUUUUCUUUCCUAGGGACAUCCGAGGAUGUCGACUCCUGCGAGGAAGCGACUGAUGAGGGAUUUCAAGCGGUUGAUGCAGGACCCUCCGGCCGGCAUAAGUGGCGCCCCGCAGGAUAGCAACAUACUGCUAUGGAAUGCUGUGAUCUUUGGCCCUGACGAUACUCCAUGGGAUGGAGGUACGUUCAAGCUAACUCUCCAGUUUACUGAAGAAUAUCCAAACAAGCCACCAACUGUGCGAUUUGUUUCUCGGAUGUUUCAUCCCAACAUUUAUGCUGAUGGGAGCAUUUGCUUAGAUAUCCUGCAAAAUCAGUGGAGCCCAAUAUAUGAUGUAGCUGCUAUACUUACAUCUAUCCAGUCGUUGCUGUGUGAUCCAAACCCAAAUUCGCCUGCUAACUCCGAAGCUGCCCGCAUGUUCAGCGAAAACAAGCGCGAGUACAACCGCAAAGUGCGGGAGGUUGUGGAGCAGAGCUGGACGGCGGACUGAUGUAUUGCAUCGCGCAGCUUCACACUGCGCCCCUCUGUUCCGUCCCAUACCAAAUUGCAUGUGCUUGUGUAACUGAAUAGACGAAUUCAGCUGUGACUGCUGUUCUGUAUGAGCUCCCGUGCUGCUCUAUCCUGGCUGGACCUGUGGAGACUGUUCCGUUUCGAUUUUUACCUAUGCUGAAUCUGGAAUACAAGCUCAACUAUUCUAGCAUUAUGCAGACAUUUUACGAACUUU